CACAUAAAAUGAUGCCAAUAACCUAGGUCACAUCUGCAGGACACAUUGGAACUAUUAGAGUACUGCAUCUCUUCUUGGGGAAUAGACAUUAAAUGGUUUGACCCACACAAUCUAUUCUUCCUACAACAUUUAAGGCAAACUUUUCACAUACUUUUGUAGGAUUAACACUUAUACUUUGUCUGUUAUUUUCUCUUUUUUCCUUUCGUUCCACUCUCUCGUUUCCUGAUUAUACCUUUGCCCCAUUUCACGUGACUCCGGAUGGUGAAAAUGAUCCAGGGAAUGAAGGGUCACCCUGGAGAGAAGGGAGCUCCAGGAGAACCUGGCAUGUCUAUUAUAGGACCCCGUGGGCCUCCUGGACAGCCUGGAACAAGAGGUUUUCCUGGAUUUCCUGGACCAAUAGGAUUAGACGGCAAGCCAGGCCACCCUGGUCAGAAAGGAGAAAAGGGAGAGAUGGGCCCACCUGGUCCCAAAGGACAGCCAGGGACUGCAGGCCUUAAAGGAGAAAAGGGCCAGUGCGGAGAUUACAGGCUGUUGCCUCUUCUAAAUGCAGUUCGAGUGGCUCAGCCAUCGGUCAUAAAAAGACGCAUCUAUCAGGGCGAGCAGGGACAGACUGGAGCCCAAGGUCCACCGGGUCUGCCUGGCCCACCAGGGCCAGCAGGAGAACCUGGAAUGCCGGGGGUUGCAGGACCACCUGGAAAAGCAGGUGAACCAGGUAAACCUGGUAAAGAUGGAAAAGGUUUGCCUGGACCUCCAGGGCCAAAGGGAGAACCAGGAGCUUCUGGAAUUCCGGGAAGAAAGGGGGAUGUAGGAGAAACAGGGUUACCAGGGGCAUCUGGGCUUCCAGGACCUGCAGGGGCAAAGGGGGAGCAUGGAGAAGCAGGAACUAAGGGCGAGCCAGGAAUUCCAGGAUUCAAGGGUGAAAAAGGAGAUAUUGGUAAUGCAGUUGGUGGAGAAAAAGGUGAACCAGGAAUUCCAGGAUUUCCGGGAGCUCCAGGACCAAAGGGAGAAGCUGGGGUUAUGGGCCUUCCUGGCGUUCCAGGGCAACAGGGCGAAAAGGGCAAUACAGGAGCAAAGGGAGACCAAGGAACCCCAGGACCACGGGGUCUUAAGGGGGAACCAGGAAAGUCUGAAAUGGUGGAAUAUAAUGGCAACCUCAAUGAAGCAUUACAGGAAAUACGAACUCUAGCAUUGGGUCCUCCUGGGCUUCCUGGGCCACCAGGGUCACCUGGGCUACCAGGGCAAAAGGGUGAAAUUGGAUUACCAGGUCCUCCUGGGCAUGAUGGGGAUAAAGGACCUCGGGGAAAACCUGGGGAGCCUGGACCUGCAGGCCCAUCAGGACCUUCUGGACAAGAUGGACUUCCAGGACCAAAGGGAGAUGUUGGCCCCAGGGGGAUCCAAGGGCCAAAGGGAGAUAAAGGGGAAGCAGGACAAGCAGGUUCUCCUGGUCUUGAUGGCCCCACUGGGGAGAAAGGCAAUCAGGGUGACCAAGGUAUACCAGGACCCCCAGGGCUGCCUGGCCCAAUUGGACUUCCAGGGCUCACUGGGGAGAAAGGAGACCCUGGAGUAAAAGGAGAUGCUGGGAACUCGGUAUCUGGUCCGCCUGGCCCUCCAGGAGUUGCUGGACCUCUGGGUCCACUGGGACCUCCUGGCCCAAAGGGAGAAGCAGGAGAGAGUGGCCUAAAAGGCGAGAAAGGCAGCCAGGGAGAGAAAGGAGAUAAAGGUCCACUGGGUUUACCAGGUGCUUCAGGUUUAGACGGCAGACUUGGUCCACCGGGGAUCCCAGGGCCAAUUGGCGUUCCAGGACCAGCAGGACCAAAAGGGGAGAGGGGUAACAAAGGAGAUUAUGGGGUUGCAGGACCACCUGGACCAUCAGGUCUCCCUGGUUUACAUGGACCACCGGGUGAGAAGGGAAGCAGGGGGGAGAGGGGAAAGAAAGGCUCUAGGGGGCCUAAAGGGGAUAAGGGAGACCAAGGCGCGCCUGGAUUAGAUGCACCCUGCCCGUUGGGAGAAGAUGGUUUACCAGUUCAAGGCUGCUGGAAUAAGUGAUCAUUCUAACCUGGGAUUGUCCUGUGUGUCUGUAUAUAGAAUAUUUAUUUUUAUACAGUGUUCAUUAAAAGAAGAAAUACCAAACUUUAUACGUUUUUGUACAUAAAAUACUAAACUAUUUCUCAUUUUUGACUGUGUAUGUUUUCGUUUUGUUUUAUGCUUUUUAAUCUAAUAAUUGUCAAAAGUGCUGCUGUAUUUGCAUGAUAUUUGUGCACAGUUAUUAAAGAACGCUUAUUAAGU